AUGGCAACAGCUGUAGACAACACCACAGGGAGCGCCGGCUCAGGCGAAUUUGAAGGCGAUGAAUUCUCGAAUAACCUCUUCAGUGAUCUUGCACCACUUCUCACGCUUUUCGGAGAACAGGUUACAAAACAAUUUCUGAGCAUGAGUAUGGGCUGGGCUGAUAAUGUCCUUUUGGCGAUGGGGCCACUUGGAAUCAUGACGGUCAUUGUGAGCGCCAUUCGGGUCGGUGGAGUAAAGAAACUGAAGGCAAUCGUUGGAAGAGCACGAGAAAGUCAGUCUGAUGCCGAACAAGAACUGCUUUCGUCGACGUCCGAGAAUGUCUGUGAAAUGUGGAGUGGUCAACAGAUUGUGCGCAUGAUCGGGGGAUCGGAAGGGAUGAAAAACCUCAUCAUCACAAAAGAUGGCGGCGUCUUCGACAUAGCCACAGGAUUUUCUGAAAAGCUUAUCGAAUCUCAUGGGUUUCGGUAUAACCUCUCACUCCAAGAGACUGCCGAUUUGGACGCACUUCGCGACGCAGCACCCAAUCUCGCCCUGAACGUCCGGAACGCUACGGCUCCAUCGUGGGAGUUAUGGUGUUGGGCCGCAUUUGGGAUUCUGCUUCAGGCACUUGCACUAGCCUUUCCAAGCGUCACUACAUACUACUGGAAAUGGGACAAGGCUGGAGGCGCUGUUCCUGAUUAUGGGUAUCCAUGCUUCUUCUUGGGCACGGUGGCCGUUGUGGCAGGCAUGAUGGCAUGUGGACAUGUCAUUGAAGGGAUUACAACUGAGCAUGAAUUCGUGGCUACUAAGGAGGGAAAGGAUAGGGGUCUACGGAUUGUUAAGAUCCAAAAGGCUUGCACUGUCAGCGACCAGCAUUUCUCCUCUUACGCACUAUUCAACGAAAAAGACAACCAGAGUAUAAGGACAUCAAGACUGAACACCAAAGACUACAGUUCUUUGGCUGCCAUCUCUACUUCGGUGGCAGUUGUUGGAUUCGUUGUUCAAUUCGUCGGACUUCGAGCUUUGCAUUGGUCGGCAACCAUUCUUCAACUUGGUGUAACUCUCAUUAUGACAGGCGUUCGAGCCUGGGCCAGAAGAGGUCUAGCUUCGGAUCCUGAGACAAUGCCGGUGAUGGAAAAGCACGAAUUGGCCUGGCUGACAUUGCACAUCGCUUCCGAGAAGCUCAAUCCUAGCUCUCUGCAAAGUGUGGUGGGAUCCGGCACCGUCUCCUCGAGUACACGACCUACAAUAAAGGCCAGUGGAAUACGACUGAGGGAGCUACGUCGGAUUGACACAUCGAGCCAAACUGCAAAUUGGGCCCUUGAUUGGGAGGAAGCGGCUGAGCUCGCCAGAGGCUGUUACCCAUACGUCAGAAAUCCUGAGUGGUCUCCGUCGGCCGAAACUGGAAACAAGCUCUUCUGGGAACUCAUUGUUGGCUAUGACGCUGUCUUCGGCCCAAUGGUUGACAACUUGUUGGCAUCUUCGGAAAUUUCCCGCGAUCCGCUUCAACACCCCAUUUCGCACGACGAGAUGUUCACUGUUCAGCAACUGUUUGCUCCCAUUCAGCCAAAGACAGCUCUAAGAGUUACGCUAGAACGAAACCAAUCCGUUGGACAUGAGGACACCUUGGAUACCUUCACGGAGAUUGAGAAGCUGCUCUCAGGUAAUAGUGAUAUUACCCAACUUUCGAAGAACUUGUCUACAAUUGUAGAAAGCGUUGUAAAAGUCUUUUGUACAAUCGAUGCCGUGGUUUGGAAGGAAAAUGGAAUCCGGAUGCCUCGGUUUGACACUGAGCGGGACCCUUUCUACAACCAAGUUGAAUAUUUAACCUGGGGUUUCAACGUGAAAUCAGGCCGGCUUCGGGAUUACCAUGAUCUGGAGGGCAUACAAGAACCCCUGUUCUUCCGUCUCAGGACACUAAAUAACGAAGAGGACGGUUAUGACGUCAGGGACCCAAAUCGAUGGAAACUCGUCAAUCGAAAUUUGAUCAACGCGGUUUUGUCACUGUGGCUCUACACUUUGGCAGUACGGCAGGAAACUAUUGCCGUAGCGAAAGAAGGAUACCCGACUACGACUAGAAAUUCUUUUGCACAGGACCUAACCACCUUUGGGCGCAUCGUGGGAAACGAAAGGAACGGCCUGACAUCUAGACAUCGCGCAUUGUUAGAAGAAUGGCUUGGGGUAGAGGUUUUCCGUCACCAUUGUCCUAACGGGCUGCGUGUUUUUCGGAAUGACUCAACUCUCAAGGUUAUUCCCUUCUGUUUUUUUGGCAUAUUUCUUUCGUCACUUUCAGAGUCCGAAGACGGACAUCUAGUUGAGAAUGAUGAGGGAAGCGGUUCGUCAGAGACGGAACUUUUUAUUCCACUCCCAUCUGACUCCGGUCUGCCUCUUCAAUGUGCUCAGGAGUUGUUCUCGCUCUUUAUCCUCGCUAUUGCCUCAAAUAUCGAGAAGGUUUUGGGUACCACAACUUAUGAGCGGGAAGGGGCGGGUUUAGAUCGUGAGAUGUCACGAAAGGUUAGGAGAUGGGACAACUCCAUUUUCAGCAUGAUUGCCAACGAAGUUGUGCCGAAUUUUGCCAACGGAGACUCGCAUGGAGGACUUGCCGCUGGAUACUGGCGAACUGUGACGCUUCAUAGUUGGGAUCUAGGGACAAAAGCCCUUGAAAUCCAUUGA